ACCACAUGCGAAUUACAUUUUAUCACAUUUGAGCUACAUUUUCAUGAUCGUGACUCUCCAUCCCAAGUCAUUUCCAUUUGAUUGGCGCACCAACGCUUACACACAAUCCGAAGCGUAGCAAAGUUGCUAAUCGAACCGCACGAAUUCGGUUUUUUGGUUCUGCUUCAUCUGUACAGUUAUUGUGUGUUUCUGCAGUUUGUCCGUUUGUGAUGUGAUAUUUUAAAAUUACAAUUUGUUUCUUCGAAGCCUCGAUUCAUCACUGGCACUUUCAAAUUUUAAAACCGUGUAACCACGAAUCCGAAAGAAACGAACGGAAAAAACAACGAAUAUUCCACCGUACUCGUUCGAAAUAUAUAAACAAAUCGUUAACAUAUCUGUUAUUGGCAUCACUCAAACUGCGAAUUGAACACUUGAACGGCCGUUUUGUGGUAAAUGUUCAAUGGUUUUGUUGUAUAUUUACAUGUGAACAAGCAAGUUUUCCUAAGUGAUCAAUUCAAUUCGAAACUUGUGCGAAAACAAUUCACUUUUGGAGUCCUCCAUAAGCGAAUGAAAUUGGAAUAGAAGAAGCGUCGCGUUUCGGCUUGUUUAGUUUUUCACAAUUUUGAUAUUAUCGUGAUAUUUAAUAGCCGUGUCAAGCAUAGUCCUUGGAAAAAGAAAAUAAAAUAAAAAAACACGUAGCAACCGAUUAGCGUUGAUGAUAUAGAAGACGACGGGAAUUCAAAAACUUAAAUCGACGAUCAUUAGUGAUUGUGUAUUCUUUCAACAGACAGUGGCUGUCGCCUUGUUCUAUGAAUCAAAGAAAUGGAAAGUGUGCGUCUCACAGUUAUAGAAAAUAGUAUGCGCCGUGACCGCGAACUUUCAAGUCAAGAAAAGGAGUCGAUUUUAAUCGACGAUGAUGAUAACGUAUCGGAGUGUGUCGACGACGAUGAAGUUGAUGAUGAUGAAGAUGACAAACGGAGUGAAAGCAUAACGAGUGAGAGCACGUGCUGCGGUGAUUUUAAGAAUGAAACACUGAAACUCCAUAGCAACAACAUUCAACAGCAGUCGGCUGAUUUUGAAAUAUGGCGAUUGUUUCAGGUUGACGACCAAAACAUGAAAGAUAUACCAAAUGCCGAAGCCAUACUAAACAGCUUAACGUCGGCCGAUAUGGAUGGGCAGGAUUUCACCGUUGCACCGGAUGAUGUGAACAAUGCACUUUUGUUGACAAUUUUAAUGGGCCGUCGUGAUUUGGUACAGAGGCUUCUCAAUGAUUUUUACGCAGAUGUCAAUUGUACGGACAACAAAGGUAGAAGUGCUCUGCAUUUGGCCUGUUCCACUGGCAAUUUAUGCAUUGUAAAAUUGUUAAUCAAUCGAGGAGCCUUGGUCAAUCAGUGGGAUUUCGCAAAGAAAAUAACACCGUUGCAUUGUGCUUGCAAUGCAUGCAGUGUUGAGUGUGUUAAAUGUUUGAUUAAUAACAAGGCACAAGUGAAUGCCGGUAUUGAGAAACGAUCCGCUCUGCACAUUGCUGUUGAGAAAAAUUCAAUUGCCUGCGUGGAAGUGCUACUAAAGAAUGGAGCCAAUCCGAAUACACCGCAAGUUUAUACUGAAACUCCGUUGCAUACGGCGGCUUCAUUGGGAAACAUUCAUUGCAUGAAAUUGUUGCUGGCCCAUGGCGCCGAUGUUCGAUCGCAAUUUGGUAAAAAACGUAUGACCGCCCUACAUUUGGCCGCCGAAGAUGACUAUACGGAAUGUGUAAAAAUACUAUUGGAACAUGGGGCCAAUGUCAAUGCCAAAAAUAUCGAAGGAAAAACACCGCUACAUUUAGCAUGCUUAUCACAAUGUGCCGAAACUGUGGAAAUUCUCAUUGAAAAUGGCGCUGAUGUCAAUGCAACGUAUACGGAAGGUCGAAGUGCACUGCAUGCGGCUAUUGUAAAGGAAUCUAAAUGUUUGGAUUGUACAAGGAAUCUACUUUUGGCUGGCGUUGAUGUUAAUCGAGCCGAUAACUAUGGUUAUACGCCAUUGCAUAUAGCUGCACUCAAUGAAUCCAGUGCCUGUGCUUUUUUGUUGAUAGAGUACGGUGCCGAUAUAACGGCUCGAACGGGUGGUGGUAUAACCGCAUUAUCGUUUAUUGUUCGACGCACGCCUGAGGUCAUCCCAAAAUUUCUCUCCAAAUUCGAUCAUUCGAUCAAAGUGAAUGAGCAUGAAAUCGGCGAUGUCGAUUGCGAAAUAAAAAUGGAUUUCCGACUGUUGGUACCGAAUCCGCAGCGUGGUGAAACUGAUUUGAUGCUUGCCUUCAUCGAAGUUGGUCAAAAGCGUAUUCUAAAGCAUCCAUUGUGCGAAACAUUCUUAUUCCUGAAAUGGCAUCGAAUUCGGAAAUUCUUUUUAUUCAGUUUGUUCUAUCAUGCUUUGUUUGUGAUACUGUUCUCUGCGUUGAUCAUUGGAGUAUAUGAAAAAGAAUGCCCUGGAAAUCAUGGGAUUCUUUCAUAUUCAACUACACCUGAUGAACCAGAGCCAGUGAAUUGUGAACCGCCAUAUUACGUUAAGCCAAUUGGGUAUUUUGUGAUCAUCAUGAAUUUUGUACUUCUUUUCAAAGAGUUUUUUCAAAUGGCUCACGGUUUUACGCUGUACGUAAAAUGCUGGGAGAAUUGGGUUCAAAUGGUUAUCAUACUCGGUGUGUUUCUAUGUGCAACGCCAACCACAGUGGUAAUAGAUGAUUUGAAAAAAGUGCCAGACGGUCAGUAUCACGUUGCGGCGAUUGUGAUAUUUCUCGUCUGGAUGGAGCUGAUGAUGAUUGUGGGUCGAUUUCCAAUAUUUGGAUUGUACGUGCAAAUGUUCACCAAAGUAGCUGUAAAUUUCGCUAAAUUUCUACUCGCCUACUGCUGUCUAUUAAUUGCGUUUGGAUUGAGUUUCGGUGUAUUGUUUAACUCGUAUCCAGCAUUCAAAUCGAUUUUCUGGACAAUGUUAAAAACGAUAACAAUGAUGUCUGGCGAAUUGGAAUUCGAAGAUAUUUUUUACGACGAUAAGUUCAAAAUCCAAUUUCCAGUCACAUCGCACUUAUUGUUCUUUGCCUUUGUAGUGCUUGUCACCAUCAUUCUAACCAAUUUAUUGGUUGGUUUGGCAGUUAGCGAUAUUCAAGGGUUACAAGCGUCGGCUGGUUUGGAUCGAUUAACACGACAAGUGGAGUUGGUUGCACGUUUAGAGAGUCUUUUCUUUUCGAAACUUUUGCGAUCCGCACCACCGAAAUUCAUUCGACUCUGUCAAGAGGCUGCCCUUUUGCGAACAUCACGAUACCAUUUGCAAUUCAGUUUUCGGCCAAAUGACCCAAGAGAUCGACGAUUGCCCAAAGAUUUAGCAAUGGGUGUUUACAAAUUGGUUGCGGAACGUCGUGAUCGAAAUGUAAGCAUGAGACGACGAAAGCGUGAGCAAAACAUGGCUUAUUUUGCAGAUUCGCUGAAUAAACGGUGUGGCGGCGAACCAUUUUUACGAAAUCAAACGAAAAAAGAUCGAUUUUGGAUGAAAAGUCAACGUCGACCGAACAGCGUGAACACCAAUCAACCAGCUGCUGUCGAAUGCAUUUCGUCGAAUUUCAUCGAACUUGACAAAAAGAUUCGUGCGGUCAAAACGCAAAUGAAUGAACUAACCAAUAAAUUGGAUAAUAUGCAAACGGUUCUCAGCAGGAAGAUCGAUGAUGUUUGCAAGGAGAUUGGGAUGCUUAAGGUUAAUACAGGCACUCAUUAUGUUUAAAUACUUGAAGAAAAAGAUCUAAAAACUGUAAAAUAAAUGCUCAGAUGGACAAUAAAUCAAUGUUUACCAGUAAUUCAGCGCUGAAAUC